ACCUCACUGCGUUUCUAUUGGGCGGAAUAUCGGCGUGACAGCUCAUUGGUGGGGCUAGAACAAAACGCAAACUGCGUAACACGGAAGUGUUUGCACCCGAGCAGUCUGUGAUGUGUCAAAAAAUUGAAAGCAUUUUCCGACCGUUGUACCGUCCACUGACCCACCGUGUUUUUGCACUUGAGAAGGAAUAUCAUGCGUGAUUAGUGUACACCGAGUGACGUUUCACGCUGCGGCGAGAGUUUGUGGUAUGUAGGCAAUGCCAUCUGACAGAAAGUGCUAGAUGCGCUCAUCUGGGUGAACCCUGACAGCGGGCAUAUCCUUGCAAUUUUUUUGAACUGGAAUUUGCCUUUGACCCGCAGGCAGAUGGUGCUAACUGAACAGCGCUGCCCAACCAUCAGCCACCCAGCCCUGUCGGGUUUCGUUUGCCUGCUCUUCAGGUAGGAGGUAAACCGGGGGCGGGGCCAUCCGGCAAAGUAGGCGGAAUGCCCGUUGAGGGUGGGAGCAGCGGCAGCUCUGCCUCAACUGCUCGUCACCCCAAACAAAAGCGCAAGGCUCACAGCCUUUCUAUUCGGCGCACGAACAGUACAGAGGAGAGGCCGCCUGGCAGCCACAGAGGAGAGAUGCUGGAGGGACAGGACUCCAAGCUGCCGCAGUCUCUACGAAACAAUCUUGUCGACCUAUUUGGCCAGAUUGAACGGGAGUUUGAAAAUCUCUACAUCGAAAACCUUGAACUACGACGGGAAAUUGAUUCCCUGAAUGAACGUCUGACUGGCGACGGACAGAAUCUUGAGGGAGGAGAUCCCUCCAAGGGAGCCCUGAAAACAAAAGCCAGCCACAGCACCAGCCAACUGUCACAGAAGCUGAAGACGACCUACAAAGCCUCAACCAGUAAGAUUGUAUCCAGCUUCAAAGCCACAACAGGCUCCCGAGCUUUAUGCCAUCUGCAAAAGGAGUAUGUUGGCCAUCGGGACGGAAUUUGGGACCUCAGUGUGACCAAAACUCAGCCAGUCGUCCUUGGAACCGCUUCAGCAGACCACUCAGCCCUGCUUUGGAGUAUCGAGACUGGGAAAUGUCUGCUCAAGUACGGUGGCCAUGCAGGAUCAGUCAACUCGAUCAAGUUCCACCCCACAGAGCAGAUGGCCCUCACAGCCUCCGGGGACCAGACGGCUCACAUCUGGCGCUACAUGGUGCAACUACCUGCCCCCCAGCCAGCACCAGAUGUCAAUGCACCGUGUGACGAUGACCAGGAUUCUUCAGACCGCGAAGAAGGCGAGGUGGACGGCGAAGGCCCUUGCGAGGUGCCCACUGUCCGGGUUGCUACGGCAACCCUGAAAAGUCACCAGGGUGUCGUUAUCACAGCUGAUUGGCUGGUGGGGGGCCGACAAGUGGUGACAGCUUCUUGGGAUCGUGCUGCCAACCUUUAUGAGGUGGAGACCUCUGAACUGGUGCACACUCUCACUGGCCAUGACCAAGAGUUGACCCACUGUUGCACCCACCCAACCCAGCGGUUGGUCGUCACCUCAUCCAGGGACACCACCUUCAGAUUGUGGGACUUCAGAGAUCCAUCCAUCCACUCCGUCAAUGUCUUCCAGGGCCACACCGACACGGUGACAUCAGCAGUGUUCACGGCUGGGGACAACGUGGUGUCAGGGAGUGACGACCGCACGGUUAAAGUGUGGGAUCUGAAGAACAUGAGGUCGCCAAUAGCAACCAUCCGCACCGACUCGGCUGUCAACAGGAUAAGCGUCUCUGCCAACCAGAGGAUCAUCGCCCUGCCGCAUGACAAUCGACAAGUGCGGCUGUUUGACAUGAGCGGCGUGCGACUGGCCCGACUGCCUCGCAGCAACAGAAUGGGCCACAGGCGCAUGGUGUGUUGCACGGCAUGGAACGAGGAGAACCAAACAUGCAACCUGUUCACCUGCGGCUUCGACCGGCAGGCCAUCGGCUGGAACAUCAACAUCCCCGCCUUGCUGCAGGAGAAAUGAAGCCCGGUCGAGCGUUAACGCGCAAAUCCCUCCGCAUAAACUGCUGUCUUAGAAAUAAAGUAAGCCAUGUUCACAUCUGGUGAGUUGGAAGCUGUCUACGGGCGUGAGGCCGAAAAAUAUUGAGAUGUUGGGCUUAAGCGUGAAAUUUCAGGAUGACCCUAAAAGGCACUUUAAGCUGUUCAGCUGAAUUGCAAUUCCAUCUGUGAACUUUUGAAUAAACUUUUGAAACCCCCGUUGUGAAUGUUGCCGUGGAGCUUCGCGUUCGUGAACAGCCUGUCGUGCAAAUAACUGAAAAAAACAGUUGGAAGUGCAUUCCAAGGUUUGGAUAAGGUCGAAUUCAGUUCAUCUGUGAAGGUGGUCUUGCAUCCUGAAAUUUCAGCCCAAAAGCCCACAUCCCCAACUUUUUGUGAGUCGCGUAUGUUCAUGUGUAUUCACAUCACUGCUGUAAAGUUACUGCUGAGUGGUUGCAUGAAGAGAAAUCGAGCCGCUUCUAUUAAAUUUUAAAGACAAUUUGUUAAGUAUGAUAAAAUGUACGUACGUCUUGUGCCGUUGCCUGAACAAGUGGCCUCCAUCAGAUUCUUGCAAAUGAAUGGAUUAUACUGUUGUAUAGUACAGAUCCUUUUUGUUCAGAAAGACACCAAUGAAGACGUUGUGAUCAUUUAAGCCUUUUUGUCAAGCUGUAGUAGUGCCUCAUGAGAAAUCCAAAUGAUUUGCUUCCUGAACGUUUCACAGCUACACCAUUCCAAAAAGAAAAAUGAUUGUCCACAGUGCUUCGAUGUCAACAGUUCAAACUUAUGUUGCCUGGUUCCGUGUUUUGCAUUGGGACUAUUUCCUUUCGCUGUUUGCUUUAUUCUGCCUUUCUGAAAAGAUGCAAAGUGUUGUAAUAAUGUGUCAGGACAGUGCAUCUUUACGCUCGUUCAUGUGAAGAAUUUUUUCGAGUAAUUAUACACCAGUGUUGUUAUUUUAGGAGUGACUGCAUCCAAAUAAUGACCCUGUAAUUCCGAGGCUUAGUGCAUCAUCACCUGCCUGUUGCCAACUCAAAUGUCUUUUUGUUUUUUUCUGCCUGUCAUGUUACAUACACAAGUUGUUGGUUACUGCUUAUGUUUCACGAAUGUGACGUUUACAAUUUGUUUUCAAAAAUCCCUAUGUGACCUCUUGCAUCUUUUUUAAGUCGAACACUCUUCAUCUGAAUAUAUCAUAUCAAUAU